GCGUGAAAGCAGCCGCUACUCGAGAUUUUACGGUAAGUUGGACCUGUAGAACGCUGUAGGACGCUGCCUACGUAGAGCAUUGCACGCGUGGAGAGUCUGGUCUGGGUGUGUGGAUGGAAGGAGAGUCUCUGAAGUUUGGACAGUCGGUGGAGAUCAUAAUGUAGGCUUCUAGUCUUCAACACGUCGGAUUAUUCUUCAGUCUCAGCGGAUUUCGUGGAGGUGGUAAAGGUGUGAUCGGUCAGUAGCAUCAUGGCAAGUCUGGAGGAGAAAACAGAGAAGCAGUGGUUUCACUCUGAGGAGUGCGACACCUGUCUGAAUGAAGAACAACUCGACUCCAUCAGAAACAACAGCGAUUUGCGAAAGUUUUUCGUGGUGCAUCAUCUAGCUGACCUCAAGGAGGAAGGAAUAUCUCCAUUUCUCCAUAACACACCCAUCACCUGCAAAGUGGAAAACACUGAGAGAUACACAACUCGUUCCAAGGUGCGUGUGUGCACUCUGUAUACGGUGCGUCUGACCCAUGGUGAGUUCACCUGGACAGUGAAGAGGAAAUAUAAGCAUUUUCAGGAGCUGCAGAGGGAUUUGUACAAACACAAGAUGAUGCUGCAGUUUCUUCCCCUUGGGAGGUUUGCCAUUCAGAGGCAGCAGUUGGAGAGCAUGAGUGAGGAGAUGCCCACUCUACACGGCACAGAGAGGAUGAGGAGGACGUCCAGCAAACCGAAAUAUCUGGAGGAGUAUCUGAACAGCCUGCUGGAGAACACGUUCUGCAGGAACUACAGUGGCAUGCUGGAAUUCCUUGCAGUCAGUCCUCUCUCCUUUAUCAAAGACCUCGGACCCAAAGGCCUUGAAGGUUUUAUUUCGAAGAGGUCAGGAGGACACCGCAUUCAGGGCCUCAACUGCUUCGGCCAUCAUCAAUUCUGCUUCCGCUGGUCACACCGCUGGCUGGUGGUCAAAGACUCCUUCCUGCUCUACAUGUCCAGAGAUCCUGGGCUGGUGUCGUUUGUGCUGCUCUUUGAUCCUGAGCUGAAGGUUCUGGUGGGCCGCUGCUACACCGACACCAAACAUGGAGUGUGCAUCGAAAACUUCAGCAGGAAGUUGAUCAUUAAGUGCAACAGCUACAGGCAAGCUCAGUGGUGGAGUCAUGAGAUUCGUCGUCUGUCUGAACGCUGCGAUUUCCUCCAGAUGCAUCGCUUCGAGGGCUUCGCCCCGCCCAGACCUCACACCUUCACUAAAUGGUAUGUGAACGGCAGUGGCUAUUUUUCGGACCUGGCAGAUGCACUGGAGAAGGCGAAGGAAGAGAUCUUCAUCACUGACUGGUGGCUGAGCCCUGAAGUCUUCCUCAAACGUCCCGCCAGAGGAACGUACUGGCGUCUGGACCAGAUCCUCAAACGCAAAGCAGAGCAGGGUGUAAAGGUGUGCGUACUCUUGUAUAAGGAGGUGGAGUUGGCUCUGGGCAUUAACAGUGACUACAGUAAGAGAGCCCUGAUGAAUCUGCACCCAAACAUCAAGGUGAUGCGUCACCCUGAUCACGUGGCCUCUGUGGUGUUCUUGUGGGCUCAUCAUGAGAAGAUGGUAGUCAUCGACCAAACCGUGGCAUUUGUAGGCGGGCUGGACCUUGCCUUUGGGAGAUGGGAUGACAGUAGCUACAAGCUGAUUGAUGUGGCUCCUUCCAAAACAGCUAAUCACAGUCCAAGACCAGUGCCAGAGACGGAAGGGGAAGAUGGGUCUGCCAUUCCUCUUUCUGAUGGGGAUCCUGGGGAAGCUCAUGAUGAGGUGGAUUUGAGCUGUAGUUCUCUCUUAUGGCUGGGCAAGGAUUACAGCAACUUUAUCAAGAAAGACUGGACACAGCUGGACCAGCCUUUCCAAGAUAAUGUGGACCGGACCCAGGUGCCGCGUAUCCCAUGGCGUGACCUUGGAGCAGUUGUUCAUGGGAAAGCUGCCAGGGACCUGGCACGGCAUUUCAUCCAGCGCUGGAACUUUACCAAGAUUUUCAAGAUAAAGUACAAAGAUAAGUUUUACCCAUGUCUGCUGCCCAAGAGCCACUUCACUGCCAGUGACCUUCCCUUUACUGUGCCUGGAGCAGCAAAAGCAUCUGUACAGGUUCUGCGCUCAGUGGAUCGCUGGUCAGCGGGAACGUGCGAGUGCUCCAUCCUCAAAGCCUACAUACACACCAUUGAGAACAGCCAGCAUUACAUCUACAUAGAGAAUCAGUUCUUCAUCAGUUGCGCCGAUGAGAAGAAUGUUCACAACACCAUCGGAGAUGCCAUCGUUAAGAGGAUCCUGCGUGCCCACAGUGAGAAGAAGAAGUACCGCGUGUUUGUUGUGGUCCCUCUCUUACCUGGCUUUGAAGGAGACAUUGCUGAAGGAGGAGGCAGAGCCAUACAGGCGAUACUGCACUUUACCUACAGGACGAUGAAUCGUGGCGAGUUAUCCGUUCUGUCAAGACUGAAGGAACAGAUGCAGGAUGAAUGGACACAGUAUAUCUCCCUGUGUGGCGUGCGCACACACUCGGAGCUCGGCCAGACGCCCAUUACUGAACUCAUUUACGUCCACAGCAAAGCCCUGAUCGCUGAUGACCGCUGCUACAUCAUCGGUUCGGCUAACAUUAAUGACCGCAGCAUGCUGGGCUCUCGGGACAGCGAGCUGGCCGUGCUGGUGGAGGACGAAGAGAGGGUCCCGUCACGCAUGAACGGAGAAGAGUACGAAGCAGGACCACUCGCACUUGCCCUGCGCAAAGAAUGCUUCAGGGUCCUGUUGGGGGCGGAAUCUGACCCACCUAUUGAUAUUGAUGAUCCAGUCAGCGAUCAAUUCUUCAAUGAUGUCUGGAAUAAAAUCGCCCAAUCAAAUGCUUCCAUCUAUGAAACGGUUUUCCGGUGUCUUCCGUUGGACUCGAUCCGUAACAUGCGCGAGCUGCAGGAACACGUGAGCACACGGAACCUUGCCCAGACAGACCCAGAGCAAGCCAGCCGCGAGCUUCAGGCUAUCAGGGGCAUCCUCGUUCACUUCCCCCUGCACUUCCUGUGUGAGGAAAACCUGCUCCCACCACCCGGCACAAAAGAGAGAAUGGUCCCUCUGGAGGUGUGGACGUAGUAUGGGCUGGACAGUGGAGUUGGUGUGAUAAGCAGACACGGACCAAAAGAAAAUAAUCUGAACCUGUAAACACUCAUUAUCUACCCUAUACUGACUGAACUGGAAGUCGUGGGUUUAGCAUGAUAACGGACCAAACCACCUGCACUAAUGUGAUAGAGAAUAUGGGUUGGUGGUUGGAGAGAGAUUUGUCUAACCACAUUGAAGUGUGCUAUAGCUUCUAUUGUCUCAUUUUCUUUCUCUGUGGGAGCGACGGGGGUAGGGGUGUAAAUCUCUGUCCUCACAAUUUGAUUUGAUUAUGAUUCUUUAGGAAAUGAUUCACUGCAGUCAUGAAAUGUCACCUUAAUUCAGUUUGAUUGAAAUUUUUUAGGAAAUGAUUAAAUGAUUCAGUGCAUCUUCAGCCUUCACCACCAAUUGGAUUGGAUUCUGACUCUGUAGAGAAAGAUUCAGUGAAUCAUUUAGCGCAUCACAAGAUCAUAUUUCAACAUGAUUCACUACAAGUCAGUUUUGAUUCUUUAGGAAACGGUUUGGGAUAUCAUCAAAUCUCAAAUUUUGCUGUGAUUCGAUUAGAUUUGUUUCUUAUUCUUUAGGGAAUGGCUCACUGUGGAUUCACCGUGAUUUGAUUCAGUUAUGUCUCUUUAGGAAAUGAUUAUAGGCAUCUUCAGUUUUCACAAUUCGAAUCCGUUACGCCUCUUUAGGAAACAAUUCAGUGCAUCACAAGAUCAUAUUGCACACUUAUUUGACACAAGCUGAAUUUUGAUUCUUUCAGAUUUGACCAUGAUUUGAUUUGAUUUCAUGGUAUGAUUCAGAAUCUUUUGCAAAUAUACACAGUGUGCACAAAUGUGACUGGAUUCUUACAUUUGAAAAAGCAUGAGAAUGUUAUUUCGAGCCAAAAAAUGAGUGCACACGUUACUGAAUAUUCGUAUAAUCGAUGCUAACAUUCCAAAAUUGAUAUAUACAAUUUAUGAAACUUCAGAUAGAUGGGGUGCAGUUUUACCCCCUAGACAGAAUCCGUGUGGCAAUCUCACAGAGGAAAGUGUGAGUUAUCCUGCAGAUAAUCAGCAUCACCACCACAGUGGUGCUUUCACAGGAUGGAUUUGCAGCAAUAAGGAUCAUUCAAAAUGGCUCAGUGGAAGCUAGCAUGCUAAUCUGCACUAGUCUGAGUUUGCUGUUUUGUAAAAUGGUGGAUGGUGUGAAGUGGUGUGUGUGUGUUGUGUGUGUGUGUGUGUGUGUUUGAGAGGAGUGAGGUGAGCACAGUGGAGUGUCUCGGAUGAAAUGAACAGAACAGAACGUACGUUUAUUAUUGCAAAGGCGCGUAGGUGGAUAGCAUCGCUUUCUCUGCCUUCUUCCCUAUAUCUCUUUUACUUCUCUCCCUCUCUCCCUCUCUCCCUCUCUCUCUCUCUCUCUCUCUAGUGCCGCACCUCUCUGUGCAGUGCCAGCAAAUCUGUCAGAACAUUUGUGGUUGUUAUGGUGACGGGUAUAAAGAGCUGACGGGGUCGCGGCUGCCGUGAGAGUGAGUGAGGAAGAGAGUGAAAGAGAGAGAGAGAGAGAGAGAGAGAGGAAACUGGGGAGAGGAAGUCUAGAUAAACAGCGGCUCAGGAGGGGGAAAAAAGAAAUUGGAAGAGUGUAAUAAAAGGCUAUCGACGAGGAGAGAGAUGAGCUGGAGGAAGAGAGUGGCAAAGUUUUGGGUGGGGCAUGCAUUUUGAGAAACAUGACAUGAA